UGCGACAAUCGUUCGUUACGAAGCGUUGUUUCUGCGACUGCGUUGUAAUCCUUUUUGUAUUAUACACUGUUUCCGUGAAAAAUAAUCGCAACGAGAUUAACUCGAAUAUUUUUUAUAAUAAAUAAUUUGUAGUUUUGUAAAUGGCCGAUAAAAAAGUAACUCCCCCCCUCGGCGCGUACCCGCAGCCGCAGCCGCCCCAGGGCCCGUUCCUGCCGGCCCCGCCGCACCAGGCCGCGCCGCAGUAUGGAGAGUGUGUGUGUCGGUCCCCAGUGCACGGCGCGGUGGCGGGCGGCUCCCCGUAUGGAGUGACGUUUGGCGGCGCCGGCGCCGGCGCAGGCGGCGUGUAUGCGCCGCCGCCCUACGACCAGCUGCAGCACCACCAGGCCAUCCCCGCGCUCAGCCAACAGCUGCCGCAGAUGUAUAGUCCGGCGGCGGCCAUGUACGCCGCGGCGGCCGGAUAUCCGGGCUAUAUAGGGUACCCGGUGCAGUACUACCCGUACUACCCGGCCGCGGCCGCCGUGCAGCCGUCCAUCCAGCCUCUGCGUCCCACCAUCAUGAUACCACAGAACGGGUUCGAGGCGGGCGGACGGUUCGAGGGUCUCGCGCAGACGCUGCUGCCGCCCGCGCCGCCCGGCGUGCCGCCCUCGCCCGCGCACCUCGCCGCCAUACAGCCGCACCAAGUGCUAUGGCGUUAAACAGCGGGGCAUCGACGACCGACGGUAGCUAAGCGAAACUAUAGAUGUAAGCUGAACAUGCUGUCCUUUUCUGCCGACAACAGACACGAAAGAGACAACUGCGGACUGUUUUUAGGCCUUAAUAUUAUUAGGCUAUAAUCGAAUCCGGUUUAGGUAUUCGCAUCUGAGUCAGCGGAUCAACUAUUAGACGCAUCAAAGUCCAAGGAUCAACUUCUGUAUCGUUGGAUCAACUUUUCUUUUUUAAUUUCAUUUUUUUAUUUAUAUAUAAAAGUGAUUGUUUUUUACUUGAAAAUACUAUGUAGCUAUUGUAAACAAGAUGUAAAAUUUAUCUUAAGUCCUUCGGCAACGCAUCAAACAUAACCAACGAUGUCAUAUCUUUGGUAUUAAUGUGUUGACGAUGGUUAUCACUUUUCAACAAGUGGGCCGUUGCCUCGUUCGCCAAUUCUAGUUGCAUAAUAAAGCGAAAUAUUUGUUACAUAAAUAAUAUUCCUGAUACAAAUAUUGGAAUGUAUUUCGUGAAAAAAUGGUUUUCAGAAGACUUUGAUGCGCUUUAACCUAAAUUGUAUUGGUAUUAAUAUUCAUAGUAUUUUUAUUAUCUGUUCCAUAUAAUUAUUUUUGGCUAUAUCCAAUAUUGUUAAAGUUAUCACUUUUUUUUUACAUAAGAAAUCAUCUAACAAAAAAAGUUAGUUACUGAAAUAUUUACAUCUAAAUAUUUCAGUAACUAAACUGAAAUAUUUAGUCUCUUUCAGGAUAACUUUCAUUUAGUAAUGAAGUAACAAAAUGCAGGGGAAUAUAUUAGUUAUAUGUGUGUGAAAAUGAAAUUAAUACCAAUUUUAUUCUAAAAUUAUAUAACAAAACCAAAUAUGAACUUAAAUGAAUUUUGAUCUGAUAUCUGAUAUAUAUAUAUAAAAAGAAAUAUCGCUCCGUCGGUGUAUCAAUUAGCCCGAUAUAUAUUUGACUGUGAUGUCUGAUUGGUUGCAGUGCUUGUCGAACAUUACCCAACUUAGACUAAAGGGUAGGUUGUAUUAUAGACUUCGCUCUCUAUUUAUUUUUUUUAUAGAGUGUCAAUCGUCCCUUCCUUUGUAUUUAAUUGUGAAUGAAAGAGAAGGGAGAUGGGAAUCGCACAAAGUUUAAAAAAGGAUUUCUAUGGGGUAGGAACGUUUUAAUAUAUAAUCUAUGUCUGUUUAGACUAAUAGACAUGUUCCAUUCUAAUAAACAAGAGGCAAAGGACUAUUACAGGUAUAAUAAUGUAAGGAUCAAAUUGUGUGGAUCUACUUAAUUGGAUCAACCUAUUUGAAUCAACUUUGUUGGAUCAACUCGUGACUAAGAACGUAAAGUUGAUUUUGCGUAUAUAAAAUAAAUCUAUGACACGUUAUUGGCGUAUUAUCCGAUUGCACAAGUAGUGUACUGUGUUGGACAAGCACUGAACCGAAGGCGAACGGAUGCAAUUCACCUGUGGCGAUCGUCUCAACGCUAAAGUAUUAUAGAUCGAAUGUACGAUUAGACUUGCUUGCGUUGUGCUGUCUAUGACUUUAAAUAGAGACAUUUAAGUAAUCUUCAGCAGAAUAGGUAGAGUAUAAAUCUGUAGACCGUAUCUACAGAGGAACCUCGUUGAGGAUAUAUCUAAAUAAAGAUAUUAGCACUUUAUAUAGAAAAUUGUCUUCAAGUUCAUAUAUUAUAUAUGUAUACAGGAAUGUAUAUUGAAAAAAAAAAGGGAAUUCAUUCAACGCCAAACCAUUUUGUACUUUAUAUGGUCUGUGUAGGAAUACUAUUGCAAUAACAGUCGAUGAAUAAAGCCGUAGACUGGUCCUUCGUUGCGUGUAGACGUACAUGUAAGUGGUCGACAGUUACACCUUUAAAUAUUCUUGCAAUUUUAAUUGAGUACAUAUCAUCUCGCUAUAAACAAUAGGUACAAGAUAGUAUGUUAUAAAAAUCCCUCUGAUACAUAUUUUUAUAAUCAUAAAAGCAAUUUAGUGAACGGACAGCACAUCGCAAUAUAUUUAGUUAUAUAUAAUUGUGGAAUAUUGUGGUUGUGCGUGACGUGCGAGCGAGACGUGUAUGUGUGUGCGAGUGAGAGAGCAUGGUUUUCGUUUUAUUACGGCGCGGUUUGUAUGUAUAUUAGGCAGCAAAUGUUAAAUGUUUUCAAUGAAGUAUCAAAACUGUGACAGGAAUCGCGUGUAUGGUUUAUCCUCGAAUCAACCAACACAAUUAUAAACGCUAUUACUGAUAUCCAACAAUUUGGAUCAACUUAAUUGAAGUUAGCCAACCUGUUAUGAACGUCCAAUUAUUUGGAUUAACUUGAUUGCAGUUAGCCAACUUGUUAUGAACGUGCAAUUAUUUGGAUCAACUUAAUUGAAGUUAGCCAACUCGUUAUUAACGUCCAAAUAUUUGGAUCAACUUGAUUGAAGUUAGCCAACCUGUUAUUAACGUCCAAUAAUUUGGAUCAACUUGAUUGAAGUUAGCCAACCUGUUAUUAACGUCCAAUAAUUUGGAUCAACUUGAUUUAAGUUAGCCAACUUGUUAUUAACAUCCAAUUAUUUGGAUCAACUUCGUGGAAUUUGCUUACCAGUUAGUAACAUCCAAUUUUUGAAAUCAACUUCAUAGAAGUUAGCCCAUCUGUUAGUAACAUCCAAUUUUUUGGAUCAACUUUAUUGAAGUUAUCUAUUAGUGACACCCAGUUCUUUGAAUUAUGAAAGGAAAUGAGGAUGUGUUUUCAUCUGUCAAGACUCUACACUGGUAUAGUUUUUUCCAUUUCGUAUUCUAUUUUUGAUUAGGUCAAUAUUUUGUACAGGUAUGCGUUUAGAUUUUCCAUUUGUAUAAUGUCUUAUUGGUAUAUUGCACUGUCAAAUAAAUAGGACCAUAGGUGGAUAAUAAAUAAUUGAUCCAAAAUAAAUUACCUAUAUUCAAAUAAAUUUAUAUACAAGCUUUUUUAUAUUGUCAUAUUUUUUUACUUUACUGUUGAGUUCAGAAUUUUGUUAAAAGUUACCAAGUCUCUAAAGAUAUUAAUUUAAAAUUUACUAAGUUUUUAAAUAUUUGACUGUGUUAAUAUACCCCUAAAACAAAUGUACAGAAUGUUUGGCAUUUCUUGUUGUUUUGUUGUGGCUAAAUCGAGGUGCUAAAAGUCUUGUCUGUAUAAAAUCAUAGCGAAUAUAUAUACAUUUUUUUGUUUCUGACAAUAUAUGCAUAAUUUGUUUAGUAAUUUAAAUCAAUUUUGUUAGUCAAUCAAAUUUGAUUAUAUUUUAUGCUUUAUCGAAAAUCUCUCGUAUUGUUGACGUGUUAAUUUUUGAUCCUGCCAAUGGGGGACAGUUCGGAUCAACUUCGUAUCAACUGUAUUUAAAAGUAAUUAAAGUUCCAAUAUUGAGUAUAGAUCUCACUUAAGAGGAUAUUGUUUAAUACUGUCGCGCUGGCCAAAUGGCUCUGUAUAGUUUUUUUUUUAAUUCUUUGGACCAUAGUUAUGCUAAUUACGAAAUUCGUAUAAUCUAUGGUUAACUAUUCAAACAUGGUAUUUUGUUCCAUUGGCAGUAUCAAUGUUUUAUAGUAUGAUGAUUUUGUUAGCUGGCAAUGUAGACUUUUAUAAUGGCAACAUUGCACUCUUUAAAGCCAUUUUUAAUUAUCAUAAUAUUAAGUUAUAAAUUAAUUUAUUAAAAAAUCUACUAUUUUAGUAGUUUUGGAAAUAAUGCUGUAUUAUAUAAAGAAAUUGUAAAUACAGUAGAAAACUGAAUAAUAAAAAUAUAUAAGUCGAUAUUGGGAAUUUGAUUAAUUAACUAAAACUAACUUAACAGACAGAUGAUUAAAUUCCCUUUGUCCAGUUCAAAAUGAACAUUUGUUAAAAAAAAACUACUAAAAUAGUAGAUUUUUAAAUUGCAGUGUUGCCAUUCGCCCACAGACUGUUCACUGGCUGGUUAUAGUUUUGAUUGAAAGAUAAGAUCAAAUGGAAUGAAUGUUUUAACAGAAUGUGAUGUAGACGGUUGUUGGAAUCUCAUUUUGAGAAGAUCUACAGGAAUUCGUUUCUUUAAGAUUAGUACAAUGGAAUAUGAACACUUUGUUUAUAUAUUUUAAUACCAAUUUCAUAUAAUUCGAGGACUUCUAAGCUAAUAUGGGAGGGGGGGGGGGGGGGUAUACGUGUUACGCCAUUUUUCUAAACCAGUCAUAGUAAUAAAUUUAUUUGCAUUAAAUGUCGUAGGUAUCGGUUGUCUUAAAUUACAUAAAGUUUCGUGCCUGUUUAGUUAUCACAGUAUCACAGCAUGCAAAUCUCCCAUUUUGAUAGGAACUGAUUAAUUUAUGCAUCGACAACUAUAUUAGAUAUUUAUCUAUUCUUUUUUGAAAAAUUCGUCAACAGAGUAAAAGCUUUUGCUAAGUAACCAUUUACGUAAUACAAUUUUUAAUUUAUUCAAUGGGAGUUCCUUUAUAUUUAUAGGUAAGGGCCAAUAUGAACUGAAUUUCUAAUAAAAUUUAAAUUAUUGUAAAUUUAGUUUACGAUGACCCAUAAAACAUAAAAGGCCGGCAGUACACCUGCAAUGCCUUUGGUGUUGCGGGUGAUCUAAUCGGCGGUAGUCACUGUGUGGAGGUAAAAAGGGAAUUUCGAAAAAUUUCUAAAUUACGUCAAUAAAUAACGUUCAGAUUAAUGACGUCUCGGAAUCGGUCUCUAUUUUAUUUGUACUGCAAAACAUGGGAUAGCGUAGAAGUUCUUUGAUUAUAUACUGAACUAUAUUGUUUUUUAUACAGUAUGUUAAUUAAUAUAAUCCAUUUCUUAAAACUGAUAGGGUUUCGAAAUUUUUUUUUUGUUUCAACCAAAAAGUAAAGGAAAAAUUCUGAUAAAAGAAAACUUUGUCUUUGGUAGAGUUACUAAUGACACUGCACAGUACAAGAUAAUAUACACGUGUUUAUUGUAUUAAUUUCAAGGGUUAAACUGACCGUUAACUGUCCACUGCUGGACAUAGGCUUCGCCCAUAAAGUUUGUUCUGUCAGUAGUUGCCACGCUUGACAGGCGCGUUGACAACUGCGUGAAUUUACACGGUACAGAGGAAUAACACCUGAGUCCUCAGGAAUGGCAACGCAUGGGGGGUAUCAUGGGCGAAACAGUAUACUCUGUUAUGUACAUGGUACUGCUCAUGUCUAUAGGCGACGGUUACCACUUUCAAUGAGGUGGGCCGUCGGCUUGUUUGCCAUUCUAAGUUGUAUAAAAAAAAAUUUUUUUUUUGAUGUUUUAAGAGGGACGCUGCUGCCCAUCCCUCGACCAUUAGGUUUUAAGGAGUGAGUUAUAUUAAUUAAUAUAUAUUUCCAUAGCAAAUUACAUGCUUAUUGAAAUAUGAAACAAUUAAAUAGAAAAAAUAAAUUAAUAUUACGUCAUUUAUACUGAAAAGUAUGAAUUGAACACUUGAAUUAUUAAAAAAUUAAUUAUUAAAAAAAUUGUUUACAGUUGUAAACUAUUUUGACACGAGAUGUCGCCAAAUUAUUGUCUCAUUGAAUAUUUGUAAUUUGCAGUUUGUUUCAAUAGAACUUAAUUAAAAGAAAAAAAAAACAAUUUCUCCAACGAUAAGAUCUCCAUGUUUACACAUAUUUUAAAUACACUAUCAGGACUUUAUGCGAUAAAAAAAAAAUUACAGGUAAAUAGUACCUAUAUAUCUGGCCUUCUAGAUGAGUGGCAAGAGAAUUCGUCGGUGGAAUGGACUUGGCUUGCGAAUUUGUAGGACGGAAUGAGAUAGCAACAUCGGAUGUCUCAUUCCAACUCAUACACUCGUUCGUCGAUUCCAUCGGUUAAUUCGCUCGCCCCUUGUCUAUAGGGCUGGCUUCUUUACUGCCAACGUUUUGACGUGACCGACAAAGAAGCAGGUAUGAAAGUACUAAUUUAUCUGCAAUUUUUUUUUCAGUCCGCUAAUGUCCAAUAGUGACAUAAAUCGAACAUCAAUCAAUCGAUUGCAUUAUUCGAUUUGUUUACUAACAUCGUUUAAAUAGUUUUCCGUUAUUUCCGAAUUAAGUUCAAUUGAAAUAGACUAUUUGGUUGUAACGUCUCAUGCGCGGUCACCCAUCCGUUUAAUGACCGCCCAGUUUGUUGCUUAACCUUAUAAUUGUGUAUGACUGUAUACAGUUAAAGACUACAGAUCUAUUCUCAUCUUUUGUACUAGUUUAUUAAGCGUUUUUGAAUAUAUUGCAUUGUAUUUUUUUUUUUUUUGUUAUCUGAAUCAUGUUGUUACGAUUUAGGAAACUGGGUCUACCGUGAACCUGAUUUCGAAGUUUCGGACUCGUUCAUAUCAAAAACGGGCCCUCUAGACGAGUGGCAAGCGAAUACGUCGAUGGAAUCGACAUCGCUAGCUAGUCUGUAAGUUAGAAUGAGUCACCCGGCGUUGCUAUCUCAUUCUAUCUCAUGGACUCGCUAGCGAUGUCGAUUCCAUCGACGGAUUCGCUUGCCACUUGUCCAGAGGCCCAAAUCAGUUGUGUUGCCUAAUAAUCGAUUGUGAAUAAGAAUCGAUUGAACUAUUCGAUUUUUAGAAUUACUAGAUACUAGCCAAUUCCCUCGGUUUUGCUCGCGUGAUUCUGUAUCUAAAGUGUCCUAUAUGCUAAGUUCUGAUAUAACCUACCCGUGUAGUAGAUUUCAUUAAAAUCCGUUGAGUAGUUUAAGCGUUAUUGAAUGAAAAACAUGCUAACAAUUUUCCACAUUUAUAAUUUUAGUUAAAUGGAGUUAUGUCCGAAUGAAUCGUUUAUAAUCGAUACGUUAUGUAACAUUAUUUAGCAAUAUUAAAUAAGUCCUUACUAAUAUUAUAAAUGUGAAUGUGAGUUUGUUUGACACCUCAAUAGCUUAUUAAUCACUAUGAAAUCUGGUAUAUACGCACUAUAUAUACAUAGGCUAGUUUUUAUACCGAUCACGCGGAUGAAGUCGCGGGUAGAAGUUAGUACAUGAUCGUUACUCUGUUAUUGGGCAACACAAGUCUGUAGACGGCUAAGAACAAGGAAUUACAUAGAAGGAGUGAUAAAAUUGUCGAUUCACAGCAGGCUAGUAUAUAGAAAAUGUUAUACGGCCGUAUAACCCUACCAAAUUCAGAUACAACCUGCUCGCAUACUUUCUAUAUAAACUGUGUCCAAUAUAUAAUCUAGUAAUGUAAAAUUUGUCAUUGACAAAUAAUUGACAUAUCAAACAUUUUCUAUACACUAGCCUGCUAUGAAUUGAGAAAAAUAGCAACUGAUGGUGUAUCUUUCGUCCUCUUUUUACUAAUUAUAUUUGUAUAAGAAGAAAGGAGGCAACCGUAUGAUUUACAGUUUUUAUUUUAUCAUUCCCUCUAUGUAAUUCCUUGUUCUUAGGUAGACGGCGUCACUAGCGCCAUCUCUCGCAUUAUCAUAAAUACCACAAUAAAGUGUCUGAAAAACAGAGAAUGCACCAUUUAAGAUCCAUACAAAAGUUGCUUGCGUUAAGUUCUCGUUGGUGCGGCUUUGAAAUUUCGGAAAAUGUUCAUGGUAGCGUCGCAUGUUCUGAUUCACGUGCAUUAAAUGAACGCUGUACAUUGUGGUCGAUUGCGACGCGUCAUUACUCUAGACCUAUCUCUUAAUUUUACAAAAAUACAGUAUACUCUGUUAUGUCCAUGGUACUGCUCAUGUAUAUAGGCGACGGUUACCGCUUUUCAUCAGGUGGGCCGUCAGCUUGUUUGCCAUUCUAAGUUGUAUAAAAAAUGUAUGUAAUUGUAGGGAGACAAAUUUGAAAUGCGAAUAGAUUGCAAUAAUUUAGUUUUACUAAAUAUAUUUGAUGCCAUUCUUGCCUCGUUUUAACUAAAUUUCGAAAAAAAAAAGUUUUAUUGCCUAAAUUUAUUGCAAUCUCUAAAUUUGUAGUAAUUUGUAAUAGGGUCGAUUCUAAAACGCUAUUAUUUAUGAAAAAAAAAAAAAACUAUAUUACAGUGAAAUUAAUAUACUAAAGACCAGUAUAAACUGAAAAUUUUAUCAGAAUUGAAAACUAUGUUUAAUUGUCUAUAAAAUAUGACAUAAUAAUAUUGCAAAACUGUCAAGUUACUUGGAAAAUUUCAAUUAGAGAUAGUUUCAGGGUACGACGCCUAAAAAACGAUCCAAUUGUCAUAUCUACUUUUUAAAAGGAGAUCAGAACGAAAGCCGGUGUUCAUGGGAAUAAUUAUAAUAAUUCCAUUUAAUGUAAAAAAAAAAAGAAAUCUCGCCAUUUAUAUUACAAGGAUGCAUUUAAAUUUUGUCACAUGUAUUUGUAUUCCUUAGCCCUCCUUAACAUCAUGCGAAGGAUAGGAAACUUUAUUAUAAGUCGUCAACUUAAUGUGCGGCACUCCUAUGGGGUGAAUGGACCCUCAGUUACAUAUCUGAAAAUUUGCUCGUUAAUUGCUAUCCAAUCUAUUAGGUUUAGCGUCUGAAUAUCAAUAAACGUUGAGUAAUGUAAAAUUACUAUAAUAUAUUACCUCUAUUUAUUGCCACUUUGAUUGUGGCGCUGUCGAUGUAAAGUGCAUCUAACGCAUCUAGCGAUUACGAAGCGAGCAAUCGUGAUAUGUAAUAUAAAAAUAUUUUUUUACAGUUAGCUAUUAAGAAAUGAUCGCCCAGUGUUUGUUAUUUAUUAAUUUGUAUUUAAUCAAACUACGAUAUUAGUGUCUUAUAUGAACAGUCAUUCCCACUCGCCCCCCACCAGUCGGAGUGACGCAUACGAAUUUGACGUGCUAUAACUGGACCAAAUAGUCGAAAGAUGUUUCAUGUAGUUUCUUUCGGUCGCGUGAUGUUUUAGGGUCCGUUGCGGUGGCAAGACGCAGGGUUCCGUCAGUGGGAGCUAAGUGUAAGUGGGUUUUGCUCAACAUGUGUGAAUCUAGACUUGCGAGUCACGUGCAAUAUAGCAUAAUUAUUAUUUUGUUUCCAAUAAAAUUAAUAAAAUCCACAA